AUGUGCAACUCCCUUGGAAACUUCUUCCGACUCAUCAUUAUCGUGGCUACGGCUGGUGCUUUGACCUUGUCAGUUGCCACGGCACUCUCGUGUGAACUUGUGGAAUACAAUCAAUCGGGUGGUGUCACUUACGGGAUCUUCUUUCGUGGGUUUGAAGGUACCUGUCAAAGCGAAUAUUACACCACGGAUGAUGCCGUCAUUACAGGAGCCCGAACGACCCUCAUUGUGUCCAUGUGUGCCGGAUUCAUUGCCGGCGUCAUGGUGUUGUUUGAAUGGCUCUUUUGUGAAAUCUGUUGCGCCGGAGUAUUGGAGGGACUGGCAUUUCUGCUGGCGUGGAUUGCUGGAGGAGCCUCCUUCAUGUUUUAUGGUUCGGAACAAUGUACCACAGAAGGAGCCGAAUGCACUUUCUAUGAUGCGUCGGGAUUCAUGACGGGCGCUUGUAUUCUCUAUUUUGCCUGCAAUAUAUUCUUGUGUUUGUAA